AAAGGGUGGAAGUACCUGAGUGAUAAAAGAAAGCUCGUCUGGUUCUUUUUUUCCUAUGACAUCAUUCGAAGCAUUUGACCCCCUGCUUCAUGCACAAAUAGAUAAAAGUGCGAACGCUAUAUAGAGCCCACUCAUCUAGUAAUGACUUUUUGAGCAACAAAUGAAAUUUUAUUUAACCCCAUAUUUCGUAUGGUUUUACCGUACCAUCUUAUAUAAUUGGGUGUUGCGCGGCUGGCUAUUUAGCAUAGCAUUGUGACUACUGAUGAUGCCCCGACAUUAAAUUCAAUCGAUUAGCCUUAACUAAAUGAACCCGUGGGUUAGGCAAGCAAUUUACGUGCAAGCUUCUUAAAUAAAUUGUAUAAGAUAGUUGUAUAGCUACAUUUAAACAGAGCUAUGUAAGGUAUUUUUCAUCGAGGAGUAAAAUUUGAUUUCCUUUAUUAAAGGGACCAAUGGAAGGAUAUCAUGAAGUUACAUAUAGAUGUCAAGAAGUUUCUAUUCAGUUUUUAAACAAGGAAUUGAAUACGCCAGAACUCUUCGUCACUCGCAUGACAAAUAAUGACUUAGAGCUCGCGGCUUCUUUGAAGUUUUUAGUUAGAAUGGCUAAGGUAGCGUGAGUCAUAGAUGUUCAUACUGAGUGCUGUAAUAUACUAGAAAUCUGCAGGCUAUAGGGCUGAGUUGAAUUUAUUCUCGCCUUACUGUUUGAAGCAGAUUGUUUGACCUAUUGUUAGAAGCAUUAUGUUUACCUUUUUUCGGGCCUUUUGCUAAUUGCGUAUUUUAGCUUCAUGGACAUGGCGCUUCAAUAAACAUUCAUGCACAUCGUGAAAAUUACGUAUUCCGUUUCACGUGGGGAUUUUUCUUUUGAUUUGUCCCUAACGAUGUAUCUCAACAUAAACAAAUAUUUCAAUGAAAUUAUUUGGAUGCGCUAGAAGCGUCAAUGUUAACGAUCAUAUUUAGUUGAUACGAUCUCCGCUCAUUUCAUUCAUGACCUAAAUCUAGGACAGACUUAUUUCGAAGUUUCCGUACAUAGUAAUCCAGCAUGUUAUAAAUCUGUAUUGUACAAUGGCCAUAUGUGCAUAUUCCUAAACAUGCUCAGAAUCUCCUCUUCAUCCAAUCUCGGACUAAGUGGAUAGUACUUGUUGGCACCUCACCUUGAUAUAUGACGAAGCUUCCCUCAGACACUUCAGUCACCCACGGUGGCAGAGCACGCUGAUAAGCGUCCGUGCGGUACGGAGAUAAGUUUUAUCAGUGGUUUUGUCUUUCCAGAACAAGUACGGUGGCAUGACGUCUCCUUUAUUGGACACCAUAGUCGGCCGGAAAUUUGAUCUUACGCUCAAUAGACGCCUCCUAUAUGUUCUCAAACGCUAGCAACAGUCCCUGUGAUUGGUUUUUGCGUUUGUAAACAUCUCUUUUAUCAAAGAAGGAUCAAAGACGAUCUGCAGGCUCAUUUCUAGAAGAACUGGGGAGCAGAUGACAUCGGGCAGGUCUUAGGGUCGUAACUCUUUCAGGGAAUAUCAGUAUGAGAGGUGCUUGAGGUUUCCGUCCGCGACAUCAUAAUCGCACCUACAUAAAAUGUGUUCGCUAACAUUUUGUCGAGACUGCAGGGCCAUCCAAAAAGCAUUUUUCGACAGUGUCGAAUGGCCCUCCUCUCCGCACUGUUUUCCUGUUGCAGAUUUUUUUUAUGUAUUUGAUAGCUUAAGAAGCUUAUGAUCUCGUAAACACUUCGUCCAUUGACGACCGUUCAAAUUUCGAUAACGAAGCACUAUGUUCCGCCAUGAUUAAAUGCUCGCUCAUAUCCGUUUUGAAACGGGCUUUAAUUUUGCUAUGUGCAUUUCGGCUCAACGUGUUUACAACACUGGCCACUUGAAAAAAAUCAGAUGCUAAACAAAUCUGUCGGUAGAUAUUCGGGAGUAGUGUUGUCUAAGUGAUGCAAAAAGUUCGUAGAUGCGGAACAUUUCAUGAUAACAUAUAAUGAUCACAUGUCGUGACCGUCAAUUUCGACUUCCGACAACUUGUGCUACCGUAUAAUUAACAUACAAAUUGUAAUGUAAGCAAUUUCUUAUUGCAAAAACAUGAUAGGAGUUAACGUUACAGUUACCUCUCCUGUCUGACGUGAAAAACCAGAUUCAAAUCCGUUCCAUAGGAGCUGACUUGACGAAACAGCACAGUAUCUUGCCACCACUCACUAAAUCUCUUAGUAACGAUCAAACAGGAGAUUUAUCCAAAACGAUCUAACAAACCUCCAAACGAUUCAAUUAACAGAGACAGAUUGUUAAAACUAAUACAUUUAACUAGUAACCAAAGCGAUCUUGAUAAAUUCGUAAAAAAAAUUGUCAGUUUCCGAUGUUUGUGAUUAUAGGCCAUUUUAUAAAAACACAAACUAUGCGCGAGCAGUAAUACGGCUGGGGGCUUUUUUCAUCAUAACGGAAUGUCUUAUUCUGCUUCAAAUGCAGACAGGCAGUCAUGUAGCUAAAUCAAGCAGAGAACGGAAAUCAUUAUCUAAACGUUUCUCCGACAAUAAUGACAAUCCAAGUGAAAUUAUCAAUUAUUUGUCUAUUCGUCUUUUUCGCUGUCUAAUAUAAGUGGAAAAUGUACAAUACAAUACAAGGCUCUCUAUGUCACCUGUUAUUCUCACGAAGCUUUUAGGCAGCCCCCAGGUUUUCGAGAUGAGUCAAUCACAAUAUUAAUCAUGUUUCUACAUAUUGUCAUACUCAUUGCAUUAACAUGUCAGCGCAUAAAAUGGUAUACGUUGACAUUUUUUGUCAUUUUUUCAUUUAUAAAAAUUGAAUGUAAACUUUAUGGCAAAUCGGCUAAACUGCCCAUAAUCGUUAGCUUUAGUUGGAUUUAAUAUCAUCGCCAAAAGCUUUCCUAUAAUGGUAGGCACAAUGAGCACGGGUCUUUAGCAAACUUUUUAUCGGAGCGAUUGGACACAAGCAAGAUAUUCAUAAGAUAAUACUGGAGAACAUAUAUUGUAAGUAUUUCUCGUAGGUGUGAUCAGACUGGGGAAUCCUGCUUAUAAUGAUAUGCGGAGUAUUUUUGCGCGUUUACGUCUGGAAUGAGUCUUGCGCGAUCGUUCUCGAAAAAUGUCUUUGACAAACGUUGAGGCCCUCAGUUACACUUGCAAGCACAUUGUCGACUAUUUAUGGGGAAGAAGGAAUAUGUUUAGGUAGGAUAGGAAGCGUAAUGGCAGUGCCGACGACUAAUACAUUUCGUAUGGGCCGCGUCACCACUAUGUCAGGUGUUACUCUUCAUAGUCGUACUUCAGCGGACCAAUCAAACCUUAACGGGAGUACUGGAGAUUUUAUUUGAUCAAAUUUGAAAAAAAACAGUUAAAUUUUAUCUUUCAAUUUUCAUCCUUCCAUCGAUUGCAGCCUUUUUGCGGUGCAUUUUAUCGCCAGUGAUCCUCGGCUACUGUGACUUCAACGCGUGAAUCGCCCAAGUACUUGAGCAUUGUUUCCUCUCCAUAUAUUGCGUUAUACCUUUUUGCUUUUUGCUACAAAGCGUACGAAUGCGAGAGGGGCGGUAUUGAGUCUUUGCCGAACACCUAGAAGGGGUGGCAAGCGGCUUGAGCGGGCGCUAACGACAACAAGUUUAGCGUUCUAAAAGAUAUGAAAACCACGUCAGCCAUAAGGCUGAGUUUUCAACCCUAUCGGUGGCCAAUUUCUGUAAUAAUGGAUCUAUUCUUAAGUGACCGGAACUGCGUCUUAAAUCUACAACAAGUGCUUUGCUAAGUCGCUCAUAGGGUCUACACAACGACAUUGGGUCUUUCCAACGACGGCACUGCCUGUUCGGAAAUCGCCUCGAAAACCGAGCUGAUUUUUUUUUAUUAGUAGUUGAUUGUCUUCCAAAUAUUUCGCGAGUACUCUUCUUUCACACCUGUUGAAAAUCGGAAGUAGCCUUGCCGGCCAGUAUUUUGACAGGGGAUAGGGCUAAAUGCCUUCACUGCUUAAUUGGCUUAACCACUAGACUCUUGAUAUGAGAUACUACAUUCAUUUUCAUGUUGUCAUGCCGAACGCAGAAGACUGACUUUAAAGUAAAUAAUGAAUUCACUUCGAGAUUGGUCACCCUGUUUUGUUUUCUUCUGUUUCGGUGACUGGUGCUCGUCUUUAGCCACCCUAUUUCUUCUAAGCUCAGUUCUAAGCUGCUCUGUAUGUGGACGUAUGCCAGCAGGACCGAAGGAACACAUCGAGUCUAUGCUUUAGCGGGAAUUAAAAAUGGUACCGUAGACCAGUAUCCAAUGCGCUGUCUUCCGUAGGCUAGUGGGUACGGCGUAUGGUCGAACAUACGCAACAGUGGCAACUUCUUGUGUAAGCCUUUUAAACCCAUAAGGAUCAAUAUGGGGCGUUUGUAUCCUGUUUGAGUGAAGCUAAGCUAGAAAUAUCGAUAAAGCGAUAUCGAGAGGAGAUGGCAAAACACACGUACAAUUCUUUAACUAACAAAGCUAUUGGUUUAGUUAGCUACUUGUGUAUGGAAAUUAUCAGGAUAGGCGCAAGGUGGCGUUAUAUUUAAAUUAGUAUUCGUUCAACAGUUUAUCACGUCAGUUCGCCUCUUGAAUUCCUAUAUUUCUCAGAAACUUGAACGUAUCUAGAUAACUUGAGUAACGUUUUUCGCCUACAACGAACGAUUGAAUCUCAAUUAGGAUAGAAGUUCAUCCCAGACGUUGAGAUGAAGAUGUGCAUUCGUUACAUUUAGAUGUACGAAAUGUAUAGUUCUUCAGUCACCUGUAUUACUGUCAAGUGUUUUAAUUAUCUCAUGAUUUUUAUAGCCGCUUACCGACGUAAAACCUCUACCACAAAUUUUGGAAAAAGACAUUAGUAAGUUUUUUGUUGCAAAACCUGCUGUUUCUUACACCGUUGACAAUGCAUAAAAAAUACAUAUCAAACUAACAAUAAAACCGAUGUUCCAUUAUGCUGUACGGGCAGAAGAAGACUUGCCGCCAUCUUAUGCCCCAACAAUUUCGCUACCGCUCUGUUGUGCUUCGACAACAGAUGUAUUACACUUUAUUGUAACGCAAUAUAUUAUGACUAACAAAAUCAGUUCUAGUACUUCUGACUAAAUCUAUUAGUAUGUAAACAUGGCUCAAUGGAAGUUAGAAUUCUUCAUCACUUAAUUAGAAAAAUCAGUUCAAAAUAAAUGUCAGUGGAUUGCCGACUGUCAGAUAUCAUCGUACGGUUUUUUUUUUUUAAAUAAAGCGAUCAUAUUAGAGUUUAUAGUUGGAUCUUGCCUACACUGAUGACGUAGCUGGAGCCGCGUUACAUAGAAAACAAUCUCCCCCUCCCCCACCUCCCGUCCGUCAUGUUUACAUAUUUGACUUUGCAGUAGACCUGUAUAACAUAGGAUAACGCUGGCUAGAAUAAGUCCGAACUUCUUGUUUACUUUCUUAUCUAUCUAAUCGUAAUGAUUUAGAUAUAUAUUUUGUUAAAAAAAAUGUCUAUAGCUACGAACAAACAGCACUGAAUAAUCUUUCCAUCGUUGCUUUGUGUCUGUUAGAUCGUUUCAGACGUAUAGCUGAAACGUUAACUUCAGGGCCAAGUGGGGCCUUCCGACGCAAACCGGAUUCGAGAGUUCUUCCCACGAAACACAAAGAUGUCCAAGGUUUCAAGUGCCCAAGUGGCCUACAGCAAAGGCCGAACCACUACGGACAGUGAAACCGACGAAUGCUGCAUCGACGUUUGCGAUCGGAAUAAUUGGCGAGCCGUUUUUAAUAAGUAUGACACGAAUCAUGAUGGCUACGUUUCCAUUGCACACCUGUCUCGCCUCUGGCAGGAGCAUUCACAGUUGCUGCAGCAUGAUCUACCUCCUACCGUUAUUCAGGAAUUACUUGAAAGAUUCGACUGGGAUCGUGACGGACAUUUCAGAUACGACGACUUCGAGAAAAUGAUGCAAUUUGCAGUCAAAUACAAAAAUUACCCUCGAUUCUGUACCCUCGUCAAGUUUGCAGCCUCAACUGUCGUGGCUUCUAAUCGACGCGCGACGUUCGUGCGGUCCUAUUUCGAAGAGUACAGUUGUAUGCCCCCGCCGUUUUUUAUCGUACUCGUCUCGAUUAUACAGGUUGCUAUCUACAUUUAUUACAGCAUAGAGUUGAAAGAAUGGUCUCGAAAUGGUCCUACACCGAUAAAGUCGCCUCUGAUCUAUAAUCCUAAUCGGCGGUAUGAGGUGUGGAGAUUUUUUACCUACCAGUUCAUCCAUAUCGGACUCUACCAUAUCCUUUUCAAUAUACUCAUGCAGCUGGUGCUCGGAAUACCAUUAGAAAUGGUUCACAAAUGGUACCGUGUAGGCAUCGUCUACAGCGUUGGAGUUAUAGCCGGUUCUCUCGGCUCCUCUCUGAGUGAUCCCCGAACGUAUCUCGCCGGUGCAUCAGGAGGUGUGUACACGCUAAUUGCAGCGCACCUGGCUACCGUCGUAUUGAACUACGCUGAAAUGGAGUUUGGAUGGUUGCGGCUGACCGUUCUGAUAGUGUUCGGAAUAACCGAUUUUACGGUAGCAGUAUAUGAACGAUACUCGCGCGGCGGUAGCCAACCGAUUUCGUACAGCGCCCAUUUGGCGGGGGCGUUCGUUGGACUGACGUUGGGCAUGGUCGGGCUGCGGAAUCUUAUUGUGACGAAAUGCGAACGGGUACUACGAUGGAUCUCAUUCUUCUUUUGUCUAACCUUCUUCAUUAUCGCCGUAGGCGUGAAUCUGUUGGCGACAAAUUACUAUCCAGUCCCGCACUACGAUUAGCCAUCUCAACAUGGUAAAUGGCCAAUAAAUGCGGGCGACGAUUAUUACUACGACGACUUAGCAUUUUUACCAUACACUGUUGACAUGUCGAAGGGGUGAAAAGUUCCUGCUGGCCAAGACCUGACACAUCCAAGCCUUGAAGACGUACAACACGGUUUUCUGUUGAGUUAACCUGGUUAACUCAAGCGCCGACAACGCGUUGGCUUCGUAAAGAUUGAAUGGGCUAUUAUUAGUGACAACGUUCCUCAAAAGACACUGAAUAAAUUCGAACUGUACAAAAGAAGUCUAGUUAGGCACCACGAAGGAUAACUGGAUUAAUAAUGUUAUUACUGGCGUCAUCGAUAAGCUAUUGAAACUUCGAAGCCGGAUAAAUUGCGGAGGUAAUACUAUAGCUUCACGCGUCAAGCUAGUUGCGUCCAUUAGACUGCUAUUGUUAAGUAUUACUCUUCAGUUGAGAGCUUGAUUGAAGUAAAAUAGACCCAAUUAAAGUUGCAACGGACGAGUUGCAUAUAUCACCUCUAUAUGGUUUCAACCUCCAAACGAAUGACAUCUUAUAUGAGUAGUAUCCGCUAUACUAUGCGUGACCGCGUUUGUUAAUGUGGAAAUUAUUUCAUUAUGCUUUCUCUGAAUGAACAGCCUUAUGAUAGACCGGUUUGUUGGUGUUGAUCCCGCCCUAUAAGCUUAGUUUCUGACAAUGCGGUGGCUAUGAUAUAAGAAGUUCGAUAAUAAACAAGCGAAUGUAACGUCUGUGCAGAGAAUAAAAUGCUUGCAUAGGAAAAUACUACGUCGCAAACAGGAAAUAGCCGGAAAUAUAAAUGAUCGCAUGCGACAACGAUCACGUUCCAAUCACCGCACCCAUUUACGCAAAAUUUAGGUUCUAAAUAUAGUUCAGCUAUUCUAUACUCAUGAGGCUAAAUUCAAUGACCUUCAUAGCUUUAGAAUGCUAAACAAGAUUCAGUAGUCGACAUAGGCACAUAUCAACGUCUAUUGUUUCUAUGUAUUUUUUCUUCCAAGGUCUGAAGUUGUGACCCCUUUCCAAACUAUAAGUAAACGUUUUACGCUUGCAGUUGCGUACAGUCUUUUCGUACGGUUGCAGUACAAUUGUAAACCUAUGUUCGCCAUGUAAAGGAAAUUAUGUUAUCAUGAUAGGCCUAUCAAUUAAUGAAUGAUUAUGGCAUACUUUUUCUCAUUAGAUUUCAACAUAGACAUAGACAAGCUUGAUGUAACUUAAUAGCGAUCAAGUUUUUAAUCUAUCUCUACUGCCUAAGGUAGGUCCCUGCUCGAAAAAAUUAAACAGCGCCCAUUAAGCACGACAUUAAGGUGUAAUCCUAAGUUCUGAAAUAACAACUAUACACAAUGAGCCGGUAUUUUACCUGUAAAAAUUGCAAAAUGUUUAUAGAAGAACUGCAGCCACUUUUUGAAAUGCAUUCUCAUUGUCCAUUUUCAUUUUGUAUAUGGCAGUUAAACAUUUACUGUGUCCUAAUAUUAUUGCUGAUCAUCACAGCCAAUUGGAAGCGAUGUCGCAUUCCUGUUCCGGUAUUGUAGCUUCAUAGCGUCAAUCAUCAAUAGGCAAGGGACAAUAAUCAUUAUCUAGUAUUAUAAACAUGAUCAAAUAUGUCCUUGGCACCCUGUCACACACAAAUAAACACAUAAACACGAAAAUAAUUCUCAGAGGAUGAUUGAGAAUCGUCCACGGGUCAUCGCAGCAAUUACGGAUUUUUUUAAUGGGUUCCGUUACUUGAUACUUAGCAGAAUUAGACGAUAUUAUGUAGGUUAAAUUGCCCAUUUUUCAUGAUUACGCCGGGCCUACUGGACACAAGCUCUGUCGCUAAGGCCAAAGGCGAGUGAUCAGCUACUAGCUGACAAUUUUAAAUAGCGUUUGAGUUAGACUAACUCGACCGUAAUUUGGAGCUAAAUGCUAUAUGAAAUUUUACGGGACGCCCGAGAUCGACUGUACUACAUUCGGGCCAGCAAUUGCAAGGUUAUCCAUUUUCAAAUACUUCUUUAAAAAAGAUAUGUUUAUGCCGAAUCGAUGUAACGUAAAUUUAUUUUUUAAGGCAGACCCCAUUAAACAAAUUUCAUAUGAAAAUGUAUGGUAAAGAAAAAUAUAUAUUUUAUACAAAUCUAUAUGUGUAUUGUAAUUUAUAUGUGUGUACGCUAUUGAUAACAAACACGUACUUGGUCAACAAUAUCACAAUGUGAAAUCUUUUGAAAACGUUUUUUUCUGUUGUAACAGCCAUUUGUCACCACAACGCCGUUCGAUUGAUAUAUCUGCUUUAUAUCGAUUGAUAUUUGUUUCUCCAUUAUGCCCAUUCUGUUAAUGUUUCUGUUGCAGGACACUAAUAACAACUUUAACUGAUGAUAUAUAAAUGUAAAUGAUGAUAAACAGAUGAUCCGAUUAAAUUUUCAUAAGAGUAUUUUUCAGUUUCCGUAAUGUCGUCUUGUCAAUGACUACACAUUGCCAUUAAGCUUAUCGAAUUUAGCAGUAUUACGUCCGUUGGCCAUUCUACAUGGCUGGCCGGCUCCCAGCACAAGACGAACCGUGUGUCUGUGCUCAAACUCAAAACGUUACCCACUAAGCUAUUAUGGGAACAUGUCAUAGUGCCUUAUCUUACCUUUUACUAACGAAGAGGAGACCAUGUGGCCAAAUAAGCCAAAAUACAGGCCAAAUGUAAUUCCAGACUUGGAACAAAGGGUUGUACAAAGUUUAAACUUAUAAUACUGUUGAUCUAAAACGGUGUAAAAAAUCUUGGUUUAAUAAAUCGAAAACGAUCCACGUAUUGAUUUACAUAUUUAAAAAAAUGGCCGUCCUUUAAAAGUCUUGCCAUAAAAUGUAAUUUGAAGCAAUAUAAUUUUCCUGUAUCCUUGAUCAUAUGUGCAUCUUACAGCGAUAUGAAGCUUCUAUGAUAGUUAUUAGUUUUCGAUACUACGGUACCGAUAUUCAGAUACUGAUUUCUGUAUAUAUUCAGUCGUCUGAUCACAAAACAAAUUGAAACGUACCUUCGUUUUCAUACGGUGCCUUUACACAGUAUAAAAAGUACACCUGUGUCGCAAAGCUACCCAGUAGAAUCGCUACCUUAUUCAGACAAAAAAGGACUUGUUAAAUAUUCUGCGUCGCGUUGGCCGUCCGUUUAAAUUGCGACAACUAUAAAGAUGAUACACGUCACGCUGCCACGACAAAAAGACCCGAGGAUGCAUGAAGGCAUUAUUUGGAAAUCGAGCAGACGAUGAAUGGAAGUACAGAUACUGACUGAAAACUGAUUCUGAAGUAGCCGCCAGCGGCAAUCGCUUAUGAAAUAUAAAUAAAGAAAACCGUAUUUAUGAUAAAAACAAAAAAGAAAAGCAUUUCAGUCUGGCGUAUUAUUGCGUGUUUAUUUAAGCAAAGGGACAUAUAGCCGAGCUCGGGUAUGCCGCUACUCGAUCUUGCCGAUUCGAUUUCAGAUCAAUAAAUAUGGCACAGUUUAUAUCAGAUCCAUAGCAUUUAUACUAAAAGAUUACAGCUAUCGAUACGCUAACAGGUAUCUGGCGAGUAAAAUCGCUCAUAUUUAAUCUGCGCGACUUUUUUUUUGGUUCGAGGUGAUAGAAGGACAAUUCAACUGCCUAACUAUCGUCAGGAAUGAUCGUAAGGUUCGGCUUAAUUUAGUUUAGGUUAGGAAACUAAUAAAAAUAUCUGUCCGAGGUCUGUGGCCUAUCUACAUUCGUUACGAAUCAACAUCAUUAUCGCUAUCGUGGAGGAACUUCAGGGACGCUUCAACGGAGGAGCUAAUCAACCGAAAUGGCACAAUGCAGCCUGAUAUAACCUUGAUACGUUUCACGUGAUAGGAAAUAGGUUGCUUUACAAAUCUAGCAGGCAUAAUCGCGACUUUAUCCAAUACUAUGAAAGGUAUUAAUAUUACAUGAAUUAGUUUGACCGGUUGAUCGAAUUUAACAUUAUGGUAACGUAAUGUUAAAAUUCAUAAGGUCAUGUUAAGAAGGUAAAAGACACGAAAAAAAAAAAUAGAUUUUCCUAAAAACAUGGUAAAAAUAUGCUGAGAAGAACGGUGCCCAAGUCUCAGUGUUAUAUGAUCUGUUUGUCUCUUGGUAUAACGAGAAACUUUUCAUGAUAAAGGUACACGUUUCGGCGAAAUCCGAAGACAAAAAAAUGCUAUUUUUUAAACAAUAUUUAAAAACAUUUUAGAUACGACGCUGACUAAGCUGAUCUGAUAUCGUUUUUCUCAUGUUUCACCAUUUGGCGCUCACGUAAUAUCGAGCAUAACAAUCAUCUAAUGUAUUAAGACUAAUAAAAUUAUUUUUCCUCGAUCAGCGAAUACACACAUAGGUCAUAUGUAGCGUAUAUGGCUUGAUUCAGACCCUACUUGUAAUUUUUCCACUUUCCUGAACAAAUUCGGGCCUUUCUCAAACUCGUUGCUGGCAUUUCGACGAAUUUUUUUAAUGGAACGUAAAACAAGCAUCUUGACUCGAUUCACAUUAAUACUGGUCCGUAUUAGAGUCUAGGCAAGACGGGUCUUUAUACAAAGCAAGUAUGAAAUGGUAAAAUGUCACGAUACACCACAUGUGCGUCCAUCCCUAUUACGUUAUCAUUCCCAAAGGAUUUAUAGUAAUUCGUCUCUUGGUGUACAUUUAACAGAAACUAUACAAUCGUGUGAUAUUACAUGUGACGUUUGUAAAUUCCUUAUUCAGCACAUCAAAAUUCCGACGGAAAGAAAGAAAGGAGCACCGUAAACAAUCAAGAAAUAGUAGAUCUUUAGUGAUGAGCAAUUGUUGGCCAUCUGAUUAAUAUGUUUAAGGCUGUGGAUAGCUAAAGUGUUCUGUUCUAGAUUGUGCCACUUGUCGACAGAUCGGCUCACGAUUUGAAUCGCUGUCAAAACGUAAUUAUUACCGACGACUGCAGUUGCUGAUCAUACAUAACCUGACUGCGUGUGCGCACCCACCUAAUAGAACUUCUUUAAUCAGCUGUUUUAUGGUUCCUAAUAAGGGAUCGACAUCUAGUGUCUCCGCGUUGUAAAGCGAUUGGUGAUAAUGGUCUAGUAUGAGAAACGGCACUUAAUUUUUCUGCCAAUAUCAUCAUACGAUGGGUGACUCAGCUAAUCGAGUUGAGAAAGUCGUUGAGCAAACCGUAAAAAUGGUAAGUGCGAUCGCGAGGAUCUCGCGGGAUGCUGGGUACCGGGACAAGCUAGCUGCUAUGGCCGACUUACCCA